ACUGUGAGCGGCUCACACCAGAGGAUGUGUGUGUGAAACUGGAGGAUCACGAAGAAAGAAUUUCAGUUUUUAAAGAGGAGGAGGAGUGCAACGGGGUGACUGCUGCCAUUAAAGCUGAGUAUUUGAAUGAUUUCUCAGGUGGUCUUGAACUUGAAAAGCAUGAAACUGAGGAUAUUUUCAAACAAGAGACCUGUGAAGAAUCUCCAUCCAGUUUACAGCCCUGGUCCACUAAUACAGGACGACUGGUUAUACAGGAGAAUUCUGCAGAGCUGAAAUCAGAGUUAUCAGAGUCUGAAGAGAAAAUCACCGAGGGAAAUGGGAGAGAAGGAGAAGAGUCACCUGGGAGUGUUGGAAUAAAUAUACAGAAGAAUGGCAGCUUACCUCCUGCUUCAUUUGGUCAGCCCUCUCUUCAAUACAAUGAGAAAGGUAUGAAGAUUCACACUGGAGAAAAAACAUAUUGUUGUUAUGAAUGUGGUAAGCAUUUCCCAAACAUGAAGAAUUUUAACAAACACAAAAAAAAUCACUCUGGAGAGCUGAAACCUCAUUGCUGUAAAGAAUGUGGUAAACGAUUCUCAAUGAGAUGCCGUCUUGAGAACCACAGAAUAAUCCACACUGGAGAAAAACCUCAUUGCUGUCCAGAAUGUGGUAAGUUGUUCUCAUGUAAAACCUAUCUUCAGAGGCACAGAAGAAUCCACACAGGAGAAAAACCUCAUUGCUGUUCAGAAUGUGGUAAGUUGUUCUCAUGUAAAAGCUAUCUUCAGAUUCACAGAAGAAUCCACACAGGAGAAAAACCUUAUUGUUGUCCAGACUGUGGUAAAUCUUUCUCAUAUAUAAUGUAUCUUCAGAGGCACAGAAAAAUCCACACAGGAGAAAAACCUCAUUGCUGUUCAGAUUGUGGCAAACAAUUUUCUGACAAACACAGUUCUCAAAGGCACACACAAAUUCACACUGGAGAGAAGCAAUAUUGCUGUUCUCAAUGUGGCAAAAAAUUUUUCAACAUUAGGUGUUUUCGAGUACACACGCAAUCUCACAUGGAAGAGAAAAUGCAGUAUGUAUGCUCUGAAUGUGGCAAAUGUUAUGCAAGCAAGAAAAGUCUUUAUAGACACGCAAAAAUCCAUACUAAAUAAAAAAUCUUUUUGCUGAUCUGAAUGUGGGAAACGAUUCUAAGAUUUAUGCUCAUUUCAGUCCCACAUCAGAACUCAUACUAGAUAGAAAACUUAUUUUUGUCCUGAAUGUGAUAAGCAGUUCUCAAAACAAAGCACCCUACAGAGUCACGUCAGACGUCACACUGGAGAGAAACCUCACCAUUGCUUGGAGUGUGGCAAACAAUUCUCACAUCUCAGUUCUCUUUAUAAUCAUAAGAGAAGUCAGACUGGAAAGAAACCUUACACUUGUACUGAAUGUGGAAUACGAUUCUCAUAUAACACUUCUCUUCACAAUCAUAAAAUAAUUAAUUCUGGUAAGAAAUAAAGCCGUUCUCAGACAGCACGACUCUUAAAGAUCCAAUGAGAAUUCACUAUGGAGAAAAACCUUAUUGCUUUCCAGAAUGUGGCAAACGAUUCUCACGUCAAAACAUGCUUAAGAGGCACAGAAGGAUCCACAA